AUGAAUAUUUAAUUACCUUAAGGAAAACAAUCUUGGCCAGAAUGUGUUGGAAAGACAGCUGAAGAAGCAAAAUAAAUAAUACUUGGUGACAAUGCUCAUUUAGAUGUUUAAUUACUUCCUGAAGAUUCAAUCGUGACAAUGGAUUAUAGAAUGGAUAGAGUAAGAGUAUUUCAUGAUGAAAAUGGAAUUGUUAAACAAGCCCCAAAUGUUGCAUGA